CCUAUCUACGCAUAGUCUCGCGAGCACAUAACACACACAGAUCCAUAGAAAUUCCAGUGUGCGAAUCGGUCGUCACUGCGUUUUGUCGCCCUGCAACAAAGUUUGGUUUCCAACUUCAUUAUAAAUGGCUGAAGCUAAAGCUGGAAUGAGGAAACCAGUGUUCACCAAGAUUGAUCAACUACGGCCGGGAACUAGUGGGCACACUCUUACUGUGAAGGUGGUGAGCUCGAAGAUGGUGUUGCAGAAGGGCCGCCCUGAUGGGCCACAAGUACGUCAGAUGCGCAUAGCGGAAUGCUUGGUUGGUGAUGAGACUGGCAUAAUUGUUUUUACAGCCAGGAACGACCAGGUGGACUUGAUGAAACCUGAUACAACUGUAAUUCUACGCAAUGCGAAAAUCGACAUGUUCAAGGGAUCAAUGAGGCUUGCUGUAGACAAGUGGGGCCGUGUUGAAGUGACUGAGCCUGCAAGCUUCACUGUGAAGGAAGAUAAUAACCUGUCACUGGUGGAAUAUGAACUGGUGAAUGUUGUUGAAGAGUGACAUGGGAAGCGGUUGCUCCCUUCCAGACGAAUGAAGCAAGAAGUGAAUUUUGUGUUUUUUUAGGUUGAGGUCGGCAAUAUGUUGUUUUCCUGGGCAUCUUCGACGAAUUCACUUCUAGGAAAUCUUGAAACUACUACUACUACUACCACUGAAGGGAGUCUGGUCAUACCUUAGCAGAAGCAGAAGGCAGCCUGUGGAACCUUUUGAAGAAGAUGCCAAUACAUGUGGUGAUAACACCCGACUGAUGAUAAAUCAGCUGCCCAGAGUAGCUGCUUUCUUGGGGGUACUUCUUUUAUAUUAGGACCAUAAUUGUUUCUUAGUAAUGAGAUAAUAUAUAUAAAUGUUUAAAAAAUGUAGUUCUUCCAAUUUCAUACUUUAUCAUGGAUCUUGCCUGCCUGUUUUGCCCAAAAUUAUGUGUUUUGACUUUU